GCGUUGCUGAGUCGAAGCGCAACAACCCGGAGAGCGCAGCAGCGACUUCACCGCUGCGACUUUGAUGACAGGGGCUUUUUUUUUUUUUUGGAGUCGUCGAUGAGCGCGUUUGAAGUGCCUUGCUGGUGAAGACAAGGGGAUCGACUCUGGACCUGCGGUUCCCCCCUCUCUGCCAGUCGGAUCCAAAAAAUGAAAUUCCUGAUUUGUGUGAUAACAGUCGCUUUGGUGGCGAGAUCUGCGCACGGAGGUACGUCUGACGAGCCGUGUGCAGGCAGAAACUGUGGCGAAGGAUGCAGGUGCAACCCAGAGAAAGGCAGCCGGGGUCGUCCGGGGAUUCUCGGCGAGGUUGGUCAGAGCGGACCAGAGGGGCCACGCGGGGGCCUGGGGCCCAACGGGCCUAAAGGAGAGAAGGGCCACGUUGGACUGAAAGGACCAUCUGGCCCCAAAGGAGACAAGGGACCUAUGGGAGUACCGGGGUUCCAAGGAACAGAUGGAGUACCUGGUCACCCUGGUCAGGACGGUGGACGAGGACCAUCAGGACUGGACGGAUGUAACGGGACCAGAGGACAACCUGGAGCGCCCGGCUACGGGACCGGAGGACCCGGAUCACCUGGAUUUGCUGGGCCUUCUGGGCCAAGGGGGCAGAAAGGAGAGCCUCGAUUCAUCUCUGAUAACGGUCUCACGAGUUUACCAGGUUUGCAAGGAAGAGACGGUCCAUCUGGUAUCAGAGGUCCUGAUGGUCCACCUGGGUUUCCUGGUCCCAGGGGCCCUGAAGGAUUCACCGGCCCGCCUGGUCCUCCCGGUUCUCCAGGGCUAAUGGGGAGCCGUAGUGACGGAUUUGAAGGAGAGAAAGGAGACAAGGGCGACGUGGGUCUUCCCGGACCCAGUGGUACUCCCGGCGACGGGUCGCUAAGAAGCGAACAAACUCUCACUAUCUACAAAGGAGAUAAGGGUGCGCCUGGCCCAAAAGGGAUCAGAGGGUUCCCCGGCAGUCCUGGCAGACCUGGACCUUUCGGCUAUCGUGGUGAACUUGGAGAGAAGGGCAUUCCUGGAUACCCCGGUGCCAGAGGUCCUCCUGGUUUUAACGGGCCUCCCGGACCUCCAGGACAACAGGGAUUCAGAGGUACUGCAGGUUUCUCGGGGCCCUCAGGAUACACAGGAGCAAAGGGAGACCAGGGAGACCCCGGAGCACCAGGACCUCCUGCUUACGUUAGUGGUGAGGGCACUGCUGUUCAAGGACUAACAGGUGACCCGGGUCUCCAUGGCCUGCCCGGAGCCCCCGGUGACCAGGGAUUCCCAGGAUACGCAGGACCACCAGGCCAACCAGGAGUUGGUGGUUAUGGCACAGGUGGUUCCGGAUCCCCAGGUUUUCCCGGGACCUCCGGCCCAAAGGGAGAGAAAGGUAACCCAGGCUUACCAGGCUACGGCUCCGAAGGAAGCCCCGGCAACCCUGGACCCCCCGGACCCCCCGGCACUACUGGACCUCAGGGCCCUACGAGUGGUGCCCCCAAUACUCUCCCUGGAGAGCCUGGACCUCCUGGUUCCAGAGGAGAGCCGGGUGAAAGAGGACAGGAUGGCUACAGAGGUGAUCCCGGUGACUGUAAAUGCUUCGGAGGAGGCACCUCGGGGUAUCCCGGGUUAGCUGGAGCCCCAGGAGUCAACGGCAACCCCGGCUUCGCUGGACGAAAGGGGGAGCAUGGUGACGGCGGCUCACCUGGCUUCAAUGGCAUCCAGGGACCUCCUGGUCGUUCUGGUGACAGCGGCUACUUUGGUCGUAAGGGAGAGAAGGGGACGUCUUACUACCCCAACCAGGGUUUCGGGGUGAAAGGAGAGCUCGGCGACACUGGACCCAGAGGACCUAAUGGUGAAACUGGAACACCCGGCAGAGACGGAGUGCCUGGCUUCCCCGGAUCCCCCGGACCCCCGGGUGACGGCGGCUACGGCACAAUUGGAGAGAAAGGUUUCCCAGGGUUCCCUGGGACAAAGGGUCGUCCCGGCGGCCCCGGCGAGCCCGGUAUCGGCUACGCCGGCACGCCCGGCUUUCGCGGAGAGCCUGGAGACCCCGGUAUUUAUGGGCUGCCGGGGCAACCGGGUUUACCCGGACCGAAAGGCACAGUGUUACCUUGCUCCAUACCCGGCGAGGGUGGAGACCCCGGUUACCCCGGUGGACCUGGACGACCAGGUCUUAAAGGUGAGCCAGGUUUCCCAGGAAACAUGGGACGUCCCGGGUUUGACGGUGGCAAAGGAGAGAGUGGAGACCCAGGUUCUGGAGGCCGACCUGGACCACAAGGUUUCCCCGGACCCAGAGGGGAUCCUGGACUUCCAGGUUCUCCAGGACAGAGUUUUGACGGAGGCAGGGCGAAGGAUGGUGUUCCAGGGCGUCCUGGAGCCAAAGGUCAGCCCGGAGAGGUACUGGGAGCCACACCCGGUGGCCCCGGACAGAACGGUUUACCAGGAACCCCUGGAGACAAGGGCCCGCCCGGGACACCGGGAGGACCUGGAUCACCUGGUGGUGACGGACGCUUCGGUGUCCCUGGGCUGAAGGGAGAGCGCGGCGUUGACGGGUUUCCCGGUAUCCCCGGCCUUCCCGGCCUUUCAGGUGAGCCGACUUUCGGCAUCCCCGGUCGGCCCGGAGCUCCUGGCGGCAGCGGACUGAGCGGAUCACCAGGCUGCCAAGGUUUCCCCGGUCGAAAAGGGGAAAGAGGAGACCCAGGUUUCCCGGGGCCAGCAGGAAUGAAGGGAACCCCAGGACAGCCCGGCACCCCUGGAUCACCAGGGUCUAGGGGACCCCCUGGACCUCCAGGACCAGGAACUAGAGACGGAAUCCCAGGAAUCCCAGGAAGGAAGGGUGAACGAGGUUUCCCAGGACUGACGGGUUUCCCCGGACUACCAGGUCGACCAGGAAGCCCAGGGUUUCCUGGAGCGAAAGGAGGGGCUGCAGGCCCCGGAAGAGACGGACUCCCCGGCGGUCCCGGAUUCCCCGGACCGAAAGGGGAGAGAGGAUACACCGGUCUCCCCGGUUUGCCCGCUCCUCCUCAUCGACAAGAGUUUGCGGAAAGAGGUGAACCCGGAACACCUGGAGGCAGCGGCCUUCCUGGCUUCCCCGGACCCAGAGGUGACAAGGGUCUGCCAGGUCAGCCUGGUCGUCAGGGUCUGCCUGGACUUCCCGGAUACGCUGAGCAGAGUAAAGGACAGCCGGGACAGCCUGGGUUCCCCGGGCCGCCGGGAAGUCCAGGCUACCCCGGGCCGAAGGGAGAAGGUGGAAUCAUGGGAUUCCCCGGCAUGUCAGGACCACGGGGCGAUGACGGUGCGCCUGGUUUUCCUGGCAACCCUGGAGAGUUUGGUCGUUCCGGUGGAAAAGGUGCACCCGGAGAAAGUUAUGGUUAUCCUGGAGGUCCAGGAGCUAAAGGCCAGCCAGGAGAGUCAGGUUUCCCAGGUGGCCGCGCCAUCGAUGGCGCCCCCGGUGACAAUGGCUUUCCGGGAGGUCCAGGUUUCCCCGGAGCGAAGGGAGGUCCUGGUGAAGGAGGGCGGCCUGGAAUAAUGGGCUCCCAUGGUUUCCCCGGGCCCAAGGGCCAGCCCGGCUACCCAGGAAGAAGAGGAGAAGACGGGACUCCUGGUUUGCCUGGAGGUCCUGCAGGUCCUGGCGCCAAAGGUUUGCCCGGAUCCUCUGGUUUGGACGGACUUAAUGGCCUUGGUGGACCUAAAGGCCUCCCUGGAACCCCAGGUGGGAAUGCGGGAGGUCGCCCAGGUUCCCCCGGUGCUCCAGGAUUUAAGGGGGAGAGAGGCGUCUCCUAUCCAGGAGGUCCAGGCUACUCCGGACCGAAGGGAGAGAGAGGAGAUUCAGGUGGUCCUGGACGAGUAGGGUUCCCUGGUCUGCCUGGACCUCCUGGUCCCACUGUGGGGUCAAAUGUUCCCGGACCUUCUGGAGACCCCGGUCUCCCUGGACUGGACGGAGAUUAUGGUCGCCAAGGUCCUUCAGGUCCCCCCGGCCCGCCUGGUCCAGGCACAGCCCAGGGAGACAGAGGAGACUCUGGGCUCCCGGGCUUCCCUGGCUCCCCCGGCAGGAAAGGAGACCCAGGCAUCCCCGGAGGCCCCGGACUCCCCGGCAGCUCCAACUUCAAAGGAGGACGAGGUGAGACCGGCUACAGCGGAAGUCCUGGUCUCACCGGUUUCCCCGGUGACCCUGGUUAUUAUGGUAACAAAGGACCCAAGGGAACACGAGGCCGUCAAGGUCGUAAGGGAAUCCCAGGAGUCGCGCGGCCACCGGUGCUCCCCCCCUCGAGAAUCUACGGAGAAAUGGGUUUCCCCGGGGGAGCCGGCGGCUCCGGUGGCCCCGGAGAACCUGGUCUGCCUGCAAUGCCUGGACGCCCAGGUCCGAAAGGUCAUCUCGGUCCUGUGGGUAAACUUGGCAGGACCGGAUCUCCUGGUUUUCCCGGACCUAUCGGCGACGCCGGACCCCCCGGUUUCCCCGGAUCCACUGGAGAACAAGGUCCCACCGGUGCAGUCGGUCGUCCCGGCUCUCCCGGCGGCAUCGGCCGCAGUUCCAGCAUCGGCUACACUCUGGUGAAGCACAGCCAGAACGCCCAGGUCCCCAUGUGUCCUCAGGGCAUGGCCACGCUGUGGGACGGAUACAGCCUGCUGUUCGUGGAGGGACAGGAGAAAGCACACAACCAGGACCUCGGUCAGCCAGGGUCCUGCCUCCCCAGGUUCAGCACCAUCCCCUUCCUCUACUGCUCCCCCAACGAGGUCUGCUACUACGCCAGCCGCAACGACAAAUCCUACUGGCUCUCCACAACCGCACCCAUACCCAUGAUGCCUGUGGUCGAGCAGCAGAUACAACCUUACAUCAGCAGGUGUUCUGUGUGUGAGGCUCCGUCUCAACCUGUGGCGGUCCACAGUCAGGACAUGGCCAUCCCCACCUGUCCUCCCGGCUGGAGGAGUCUCUGGAUAGGAUACUCCUUCCUCAUGCACACGGCAGCCGGCGCUGAGGGCGGCGGUCAGUCCCUGCAGUCUCCCGGCUCCUGCCUGGAGGAUUUCCGCGCGACGCCGUUCAUCGAGUGCAACGGGGCCAAGGGCAGCUGCCACUUCUUCGCCAACGAGUACAGCUUCUGGCUCACCACCGUGGAGCCCAGCCAGGAGUUCGUCUACUCGCCAGCGCAGGAGACCCUGAAGGGAGGCCAGGAGCGCUCCAGAGUCAGCCGCUGCCAAGUCUGCAGCAAGAUCUUGUAGUAGGAGGAGGAGCGGAGGGAUGGAGGUGACAUAUAAACACCUCAAAGGAAAAGGUGCUGAUGACGGAGGAUGAGAUGAUUUAUAAAGAAAUCUAUAAAAAGAACAUUGACUGAAAACGAGCCCCGCUCCUGCUUCUCUCAAGAAUCGAGUCGAACGACAUCGACUCCGUUUUUUUUAGAGAUUUUGAUCCCUUUUAGGAACGAAUGGCUUGUUACAAAAAGAAAAACAAACGAGAGUUUGAGUGAGGAAAUGGAAAGAGCAGAGCUCCAUCGCUCUCCUCUAGAUUAUCACUGACAAUGGUGCUAUUGUUUAAGUGUUUAUUUUGUGUCUUGUCUUCUGUAUUUUGUGUCGGUUUGUGGCGAGAGUCAUUCUCGGCUACCUCGGAGAGUGGCGCUCUGGUUUGGCACUGCACCGCUUACACAUCAGGGCCGGACGUCUGCUUCAGGUGAUCGGCUCAGACGGUUGAGUCCAGCUUUGGUGUGUUUGAGAAUUGGUUGAAUCUAAAGGUCUUAACUUUUGUGAGCUGAUCUAACUGAAGCAGAAUCACCUGAUUCGGGUUCAAAACACGAAUUUUUCAGCGUAGCGGGCGCCAUGAAGCUUUUCUUCUUUUUGCAUUUACUGCCGGCUACGACCACUUUUACUGCGGUGAUGUCACAGAUUGUGUCACGUUAAAAGCUGCAGAAAUUAAUCAUUUCAUAAAGGUACGGAAAUCAAAUAACCUGCUUAAAAGCAUUUAAGUGAGCUAUCAGUGUGCUACGUGCAACUUUUUGUCAAGCUGAUGUACAGAAUUUACCUCAUUUUCUAUGUAAAGCAUCAGACGCACGAGAGAAAAUUGUAAAGAAUAGAGAGAGUUGAUAAAUUUACAAGCAAAUUAGUGGUGGAACACAACUUGUUCAGUCAAUACUGAACAUUUUAAAUCAGAUACCAGACCAACAGCAACUUUUAGGGCAGAAAAUAACAAUAAGCUUUUUCCAAUAUCCUCUUUAUAAUUUCCAUCUUUGCUCAUUUGAUUUGACUUUCUAAGAACAUAAAUAUAUUUUCAGGUGAGAAAUAUCAAAAAAAAUAAGCCAAAUUAAGGUCCACUGUCUUCAUUUUUAUUCUUUUAAGCAAGUUGCAAUUCUCCACAAGUUGAUUUAAAUAGUUUG